AUGGCUUCUGAGGAGGACAAGCGUCAUGCACCCAACGGCGGAGGCACUCUGGUGCUGGAUACGUCGUGGAUCGACAACUCUGCUGUUGUUGCGGUCGCCUCUGGUGGAGGUAGUGGCGGCGUAACUCGAGGGCGCGGCGGUGGCAAGCGGCGCACUCGCCGACGCACUCUAAGCCCAUCGAUCGGCAAGCACAACUACAUGUCCAACGUUGACUUGAAUGACCCCAUGAAGUAUCCGAGUCUCCCAUCGUCGGGCGGUGACGACGGCGGCAGCAGCAACCAUCAGAAGAGCAGCAGCCCUAGCAGCCACAAUCAAGAAAUCGGAGGAGGAUCAGCCGAGCUGACGAUCCUUCGCCCUCCUCCUCAGCGGGACACCGAUGCUGCUGUUACUUCGCCUGGUGCCGAUUCCGCCGCCGCUAUUAGCGUUCCUGCUUCGCCUAGCGGCAGCACGGCAAGCCCGGACACCGAUCUACCGGACCCCACGGCCGUCGCCGACCUGUUCGAGGCCGAGGAGGGGACAACACCGGCUCCGCGGCCGUCGCCGCUGGGCACCCUCAAUAACAACGAGACGAAGCCCUCCUCAUCAUCCGCUCCAAAGAAGAAAAGCGAAGGGAAACAGGAGCCUCGGGGGCAAGCGUCGUCGGCAGCGGUAGCACGGGGGCGUCUUAGUCGCCGCGCCACUUUCGGCGGAGCAGAUGCUCGCAUACGCCUGGAAGCGGAAAACCUCGCACCUGUUUUGCCCAGCAAGCCACCCAACCCUGUUCCUGCUGCUCCAGCUCCUACCGCCACGAGAUCGCCUAGGGCCAUGGACGGAGAGGUCGUUGGUGCCGCGGAGGAGCAAGCUUCGGGUCUCUCUACUGCGGCAGCGGCGCCGGUAACUCGUCCAGGCGAUGGCGAAGAAACACAGGAGCGGGUCCCGCCGCCGCCGCCGCCCGCUGCCGCGACGAAGAAGAGCAGGUCCCGCAGCUCCAGGCGCAGGUCGAUCGUGAUGCCCUGCGAAGCUCAACCGUUGAUGGACAGCGAUCUCGGUGACGGCCACGCCGAGGCCGAAACCGCAAACAUGCCGCCGCCGCCGCCGCCGCCCGCGCCGCCCGCCACCGGGGGUGAUGGCACGGCCGCAGCGGCGGCGGCACCUGCAGACGGCGACGGCAAGCCAAGCCGAGGCAACACCAGCACGACCAAUUCCCCGGCUGACGAGCUCCCGCUCUCCUCGAUCAACGUCGUGUCCUGCCUGUCCCGCCCGCUCGCGGCUCAGCGCGGCUGGCCGGUGGGCGAUGAGGACACCAGGAAGCGGCUCUUUCGGGCGUUCUACGGGGCCGCCCCGGGCUCGCAGAGAGCGAGGCGCGUCGCGGCGCGGCUGUUCUGCCUGACGGGGUACGCCUUGUCCGCCGUGGCCCCGGAGGAUGCACGGGUUCUGUGCGAGGUGGCGGGGGAUAGCAUGGAGUGGGGGCUGGAGGGGGACGAGCCCAGGCUGGUUAGUCAGCCCGUCCGCCGCGAGUCGAAGGAGCAGAAGAGGGGGCUGGUGCUGCGAAUCAAGCCGCUUUUCGAUCUCAUGGACAAGGCCUCCAAGGACGAGAAGCUCAAGGCUGAAUCGGCAACCGGGGUCGUGUCGCGGAAAGCCGCCCCUGACGGCUUCUGCUACGAGGACCGCGAGACAGGCGAGCCCGUCGAGCCGGGCGCGUACAAGGGUCCGUACCUGAGACACGUCCGCGAUGUUCGCGCAUCCAGGGUUCGGGAGUUUGCGGCGGCGCGAAGGGUUGCUGCUGCUGCUGCCGCUGCCGCUGCUGCUUCUUCCUCUGCCUGCCCGGAGACGGCCGUCGAUGGUAUGAUGCCGGGGGUCGAGAAGAGCGCGUCGUCGUCGGUGAAGGGCACAGCCAUUUCUGUUGCCUGCACCUCACCCACGCGAGCGGAGGCGGCGAGCAAGUCUCGGCGUGACGGAGAGGGGCUGGUUGCAGACCCGGCGACCGAUGCUUUCCCAGCGGCCAGCGGCGUUACUGUGGAGGAGUCGCCCACGGAGAAGGAGAGUCUUCUGCCUGGCGCCGCUUUGGGGGGUGGGGUUGACAACAACGGAGACACGCCUUCGAAGAAAAUCGAUGGUGGUGGUGCGGUUGUCGCGGUAGAAGAGGGAGAGGCCCGAGACGAUGCGUCGGGGGCAGAAGAAGCUGACGUGCUGGCAAUGACAGAUGGUAUUACACAGGAGACGUCGCCCGAAGCCGCGGCAGAAACACCACGGACGAUAACUCCAGGGGAAGGGGGGGGCGUGGGGACGACAGCAGCGGUGGCGACGAACGCCGCGGAAAUCGAAACUCUGGUUCCUUCGGAUGAAGCGGCGGUGGUGGAUGGUGCAGGGCAGGAGGAAGCCAUGGCUGAAGCGUUGGGCAGGACGACGAAGAAGGUUGGCGAGAUAGCUGCCUCGAUGACAAGCUCGGGGUUGGGCCCCAAGGAAGAUGCCUAUGCUUCAGGCCUACCGGCGAAGGCGGCCCCAGCAGCCACAACCCCGUUGACCGAUGACGUCGGCCGCACGAGGGCGGUGGCGGCACCGGCGGCCGCAACGGUCGACACCGACGGCCAGCCCACGCCUGACUCGCCUCUCUUGCCUCUGCUGCAGCUGCGUCUUUCGGAGGAGGAAGACGACGAGCGGUUCGAAUAUUCUCUUGCCUGGGGAGCGGGUGCGGAAGCUGGCGGCGGCGGCGGCGGCGGCGGGUCGUCACAAGCAGGUGGAAAGGCACGACGACGAAGCCUGGCCAAAGCGUUCUCCUCGCACAAAACAAGGAAGGAGCCAAAGGCGCACGAGGGAGUGGGGGCGAGGCCGGCGGCGCAAGCAGCAGGAAACGAAUCUGAGGCGCGGGGCGAUGGGGUUGGGGGCGGCAAGACGACGACGUUGACGUGCAGACUUUGUUGCCGAAACGCCUGCGACACGGUGAUGAAGCCUUGCCAACAUUCGGCGUGCGGCGUGUGCGUGGACAAGCUGCGGGGCCAGGCGGAACAGUCUGGGCAGGCCUUGUCGUGUCCUUGGGACCGGCGGGGUGUAGAUGAGAUACGUCCACUGCAAGAAAAGAAUUGA